AUGACCUCGGGGAAGACGGUCAAGCUGGUCCUCUACGAGGUGCUGCAGUUUGCAGCUCUCACCGUACCCAUCUUUGUAAUAAUGGAGAGGUUUGCCUGCCUCAUACGUGACGUGAAAGGACGUGAUCCGACGGCCUACUGGCUUGUGGUGGCGGCCUCUCUCGCAUAUGUGACCUCUGUGACCCUGCUGGUGUGGGCUCCUCUCAAAUAUGUGAUUCUGAAGCAGCAGAAUUGCAUCACAGAGAUCACACAGUGGAGACCGACGGCGCUGGCAUAUCUCAUCCUGUGCACAUUACCGUGCUUUGCUAUUUUAAUCGCCAGCUCCAAGGUGCAGGUGGACAGUGGACACAGGCUCGACCAUUUUUCAGAGUUGCCUGUUUCCUUGGUGCUUUUCUCCCUCAUCUGUGUGGAUAUAACAGAGAGGCUUCGCCCCUGCAAGCUCAUUGGACAAUCUGACAGCCUGGAUCCUGACUUUGACAUCCAAGGCCCCGUCCUCACCCACCUGGAGCAGGUGCCCACCAUAUCGAGCCAGCUGCACCCUGAUGAAGGCCAGAACGGUUUGACCCCAGGUUCUCCAGAGGCCAAAAACGUCAGCACAUCAGGCAGAUGGCAGCACUAUGCCGGCUCAACCAUCCACUCAACCGUCAGCUCACGAGUGCCCAGCACUGCCUACCUGUACUCCUCAUCCUCACGCCACAGGUCCUACUCGGGUAACCUCGGCUUCCUCUGGAGGAGGGAUGGGAGGUUGGAGGUGUUUGUGGAUAGUUUCCUGUUCUGGUUGGACACUGUGGAGAUGGUGAGAGUAGCAGGAGAGCCCUCAAUCUUCUACUCAGCCUGGGUCUUCCCUGUCUAUAUUCUCAGCUUCCUGUCCACUCUCCGCAUGGUCAUCACUCCUCACAACCCUUUAUUGUCCUGUGCUGGAGUCGCUCUGCAGGACUUUCCUUUCUUUAUCGUCCGGGUCGCUCUGAUUGUUGUGUUUGGUUAUGUGACGCCUGUGUUGUACCCGCUGAAGAAUGUGCUGGUGAGCUUGAUGUUUAUCUACUUUACAUUCUUAACCAGACUGAGGAUUUUCAGGAGGCAGAGCAUGUUUUGAGGAGAUGACAGAUUUUCUUCGAUUGCGGAUGCUUGAAAAGUUGGUAUGCUUAUGUGUUGGAAGCUGCACUGAGAAAACAUGGUGGUGGAUGAUGUGGAGCAGCCUGUGU